GUCCGAAAGUAAAAAUCAAUAUUUACCAUUGCACAGCGGCUGGGAAAGUCAAGGGAGAUUUUAACAUUCCCAUGACCGAUGAGGAUAUUAAAGAAAUAAAAAUAUUGGCUGGUAGAUUUGGUAAUCAAUUUUAUAAUAAAGAUGAGUUAAAAAGAAAAGUAGAUAGUUUGGAUGACCCGAAACUUUUUGAUUAG